AAAAUAUUUGCGAUGUUUCUUAUUAAGUAUCAGAACAAGUGCUUAUCGUGUCCCUGCCUUGGAUAAAAGGCUGCACACUGCCUGGAGAAGUCUGCUUUUGAUCAUGGAGAGGAUCAAGACCCUGUGCUUCUUGGCUGCUGUGCUAACAGCCCUAGAUGGGUGCGUUGGCUCAGGCCAGGAUGGGCAGUGUCCUGGGGCUGUGGCGGUGCAGAAGCGCGUUGACUGCCACCCCCAGCCAGGCGCUUCCCAGGAGGCUUGCGAGGCACGGGGCUGCAUCUGGUGUGCUACGGACAGGGCCAAUGCUCCCUGGUGCUUCUUCCCCGAGGACAAUCCCUACGGCUACUCCCUGGGUGGGAACACAGAGAGGACAGCUAAAGGCUGGAGGGUAACACUGAACAAGCGCCAGGCCUUGUCCCUCUUUGGAGAUGACAUUUCCCCUGUCGUCUUGGAAGUGGAGUUCCAGACAAAAGACAGACUCCGGUUCAGGCUCUACGACCCCAACAGGGAGCGGUUUGAAGUCCCACUCAAGAUCAGCUCCCCAGGGGUUACUGCUGAUGAGGCCAACUACGAUGUGGAGUUUGCUGAUGACUCCUCACACUUCCGGAUUAAGAGGAAAAGCACUGGCACUGUGCUGUGGGACAGUCCCCUGGUUGAUCUGUUUUUCUCCAACCAGUAUCUUCAGGUCACAACUACUGUGCCAUCCACUUCUGUAUAUGGGUUCGGUGAACAUGAGCACACAUCCUUCAAACACAACAUGGACUUUGUUACCUAUGGCAUGUUCAGCAGGGAUCAGGCACCAACGCCAUUUGCCAACCUCUACGGAGUUCACCCUUUCUACAUGUGUGUAGAAGCUGACUCCAAUGCCCAUGGUGUUCUCCUUCUGAACUCCAAUGCACAAGAUGUUUCUCUGAGUCCGAACCCAUCCUUAACUUUCCGCACUAUUGGAGGGAUCUUUGACUUCUAUGUCUUCCUUGGACCUACUCCCGAAAACGUGAUUCAGCAGUACACAGAGGCCAUUGGACGCCCACACAUGCCUGCCUACUGGUCGCUGGGAUUUCAGCUCUCUCGCUGGGGUUAUGGAAGCAUUGAUGUUUUAAAGAAAACUGUUGAUCGCAUGCACUACUAUGAUAUCCCAUAUGAUGUCCAGCAUCUUGAUAUUGACUACAUGGAACGUCGCUUGGACUUUACUUAUGACAAAGUGAAUUAUGCAGGACUGCCAGAGUACCUCCAGCAGCUGAAGAAGGAAGGAAUGCAUAAUGUCGUGAUUCUGGACCCUUUUAUAACUAAGGAUGAAGAACCAGGCACUUACAGACCUUAUGAUCUCGGACAGGAAAUGGGAGUCUGGGUGAACAACUCUGAUGGCGUAACUCCUGCUAUUGGGAAGGCCUGGCCUCCUGGAGACUCAGUGUUUCCCGACUACACCAACCCCAGGACAGUUGAGUGGUGGACCCAGAUGUGUCUGGAGUUUAAGGAUGUCCUUGACUACGAUGGAAUCUGGAUUGAUAUGAACGAGCCGUCCAAUUUCUUAAGAGGACAGUAUCCUGGAUGUGCUGCCAAUGAUAUCAAUAACCCCCCUUAUAUUCCUAACAUUUCUGAUCGUUCCCUGGCACAAAAGACAUUAUGUCCUGACUCCAGAACUUACCUUGGAGAGCACUAUAACACGCACUCUCUCUUCGGCUGGUCACAGACAGAGCCAACUUUCCAUGUUGUCCAGCAGGCAACUGGAAAGCGAGCAUUUGUCUUGAGUCGAUCUACGUUUGUCGGCAGUGGGAAAUAUGGGGGUCACUGGCUGGGUGACAACUUCUCUCAGUGGAAGGACAUGCACUACUCAAUCAUAGGAAUCUUGGAAUUCAACCUCUUUGGCAUCCCCUAUAUCGGUGCUGAUAUCUGUGGGUUUAACUACAACACUACAUAUGAACUCUGCUUGCGCUGGAUGCAGCUUGGUUCUUUCUAUCCAUUUUCCAGAAACCACAAUGCAGAGGGAAAUAGUGAACAAGACCCAGCAGUAUUUGGAGAAGAGUUUGCCAAGAUAUCUCGAGCUACACUUAGGAUCAGAUACUCACUGCUGCCAUACCUGUACACCCUGUUUUUUGAGUCUCAUGUUUACGGAAACACAGUGGUGCGGUCACUGAUGCAGGAAUUUACUUCCGAUCAGCAGACUCAUGGAAUAGAUACCGCCUUCCUUUGGGGACCUGCUUUUAUGAUUGCUCCUGUUCUUCAAGAGGGAGCAAGAUCUGUGGAUGUAUACUUUCCUGAAGCACAGUGGUUUGACUACUAUACGGGUCACAAACUACCAAGUGCCUGGAGCAAGAACUAUGCUACUGUGGCUGCCCCACUAAGCAAGAUCCCUCUGUUCAUCCGUGGAGGUUACAUCCUACCAGAACAGGCACCAGCCACAACCACUACUAAGAGUCGUCUGAACCCAUUUGGGCUCAUUAUUGCCCUGGAUGAACAAGAAGAAGCUUCUGGAUCUCUCUUCUGGGAUGAUGGUGAUUCAAUCGAUACUAUCGAGAAGGAGCAAUACUUCUUGGCUAAGUAUACAUACAGCAAAUCAAGCCUGAAGACAGAAAUCCUUAAAAAUGGCUAUCGAGGGGUUGACACUCUGAAGUACAACAAAAUCACAAUUCUUGGCCUGAAAAUGAGACCUCAUACUGUUGCUCUGAAUGGAAAAGCCAUCCGUGGAGAUGCUUCCUCUUAUGAGUCAAGUGGGAAACUCACUAUAUGGAUUUCUGUCCCUCUUACUCAGGAACUCAGCAUUACGCUUCACUAGAAUGAUCAGAAAAGCAUCGAUGUAAUUUAGUAUCCUUGGCCCUCAAAUAUUGAUUUUACUUCACUUUUAAUGUAAAAACAAUCAUUUAGCCUCUAAAACUUUGCUUAUGCACCUGAUUACUGUUCUUUUCCUAUGUAGCAUUUGUAACUCAGUAUUCUUCAAAUA